AUGACAAUCAUCUCAUAUUCUGCUGCUGCUGCUACAGCAAAAGCCAUUUCAUGUUCUUCUGUGUCUGUUUCAACAGCCAAGAUUGCAACUUUGUGUUCUUCUGGUUCAUUAUUCUUCAACAGCAAGAGGGCACUGUUUUUGGGUCCUGCUAUAACCACAAGAAAAGUAACUAGUAGUAGCAGUGGCAAAAAGGGUCUUUCUUGCAACUGUUUAUUUUGGCUUGGAGUGCUUGAGCUGGUGGUGAUUGCUGCUCUUGUUUUUGGGCCCAAUCAGUUGCCUGAAGUUAGCCGUACGAUUGGCAACACUGACAAGAGUUUUCAACAGGUUACAUUUUCUG